CGCUGCGCGCGUGUUUCUGUCACAGCAGCUGCAGCUCGGGGACACGGCACGCGCUCUGUUGUCACCACACUACGUUGUCCUCUGGUUGGGGGGGGGGCGGGAGUCUCUACUCUAUACAAGCGGCCCCGCACCGGGACUCCCGCGUACUCCUGAGCGGCCUGCAGCCACAGCACAGGCCGCCUGGCUGCCGGGCAGAGAUGUCCCGCUCAGCGCUCCACACCGGCGGAGAGUCGCCCUCCCCGGGGCAGUCCACGGAGAACGGGCUGGAGGCGGAGGACGAGGAGGACGGGGAGGGAGAUCUGGACGACGAGGUGGACGCUUCUCAGCUGGAGAGGUUCAUGAAAGACAGGAGGAGAGCCAAGUCCCUGCCCGCCUACCCGGCCGCGCUCCUGGACGGCGUCCCCGGGAGCACCGAGAGGAAGCGGGUGAAGUUCGCCGACUCCAUGGGGCUGACCCUGGCCAGAGUCAAGCACUUCAGCGCGCUGGAGGACCCGCAGAUCCCGAGCAAAGUUCUGUCCAGGUACAGGAGCUUCCCGCCGCAGCAGGACCUGAGCGACCUGUGCCAAAACUUCAAGUCCAGCCUGGACUCGGACCGGCUGUUCGCCAGCUUCCCGGAGCUGCGGGACACGGAGCGGAGAGUCCGGCAGCUCCGCGUCUGCCUGGAGAGGGUCACCAUCACCCAGUUUGACGUGAGGGGCCAGAUCCGGGUCUUAACCGACCGCACCGCCAAAGAGGUCGGCGUGAGGUACACCUUCAACGACUGGCUGUCCUACGUGGACGCGCAGGCUCUGGCCGUGGCCGCGGAUCAGCCGGACUUAGUGGGAGAGCGGUUCAGCUUCACCGUGUACACGCCGCCCUUCAUGGACCCGAACUCAGCCGUGCACUUAGCCGUGUACCUGAAGAGCGAGGAGGGGGAGUUCUGGGACAACAACGAGGGGCAGAACUACACCCUCAGGUACCGCUGCAUGCCCAGCACCACGCCCUUUGUCAGCGCCGCUUUCCACGCCACCUGAGCGCUGCGUGCGUCCUGCGUAAAACCGUUCCAUCCGUGCGUAAAAAGCUCUCCAACCGCAACGAGCGCUGAGAGACAAGCUUUGAUGCGCAGCUGCUGCUUUCCACCUGCUGAAUAAACACGUCGCGUGCUGUGUGUGAGUGUCCACUGAUGCACAUCACCUCUUCUUCUCGCUUCGACCUCUGAAUGAUCAGUUAGCGCCUUUUCUGAACUCAAUCUGUCUGAAGUCUCUGAACCAAAGCUCACACACGUUCCUCAAGACAACUCGGACAUUUCUGCAUGUUUUUCCUGAACCUCCACUCGGUUCAAACAGACUUCUCUUUCUCGUCGAGGACAUACAGAAACACCGGGCUGAGUCUGAGCUGCUGCUGUUCUGGACAUUACACUCAGUAAGAGCUGUCUGCCUGACUGCUGCUGUGACUGCACCUGCUCACCUGUCCCCAGGUGACUGAGGACGACUGACUGAAGCCUCUGGAUGAAGCUGGCUGAGUGAAGGACUGUCAAACACUUUAUCCUCAGUUCAAGUCCCAGCUGUUCCUCGUCUCUUUACUGUUGACUUAUUAAUAAGUAAUUGUUAUAAUAGGCCAGUGAUUUCAUGUGAACCAGACAUUCUGAAGCCACUUGAACAUGGCUGAUUGUAUUUAGUGUUUGUGAAACAGAAAUUAAAAUCAGGGUUUAAA